GAGACCGGCUGGGGGGGUCCUGCCCCUCCGUCGCCUUCUUCUGCCCUUUUCCUUCGCCGUAGCACUCGUUAAGCGUCAGAUACCCACCCACCCCAAGCACCAGACACUCCUUUGUCCGCAGAUACGUUGAUCCUCCACUCCUUAGAGAUUAAGUAUCGUCCGUUCCCUAAACACAGUCCUUACACAGCACAAAACACACACUCCUUAGCACUAUGCAGCUCUCAAAGAUCUCUGUUCUUUCCCUGUUCGCCGCAGUCGCCACGACAGCCCCGGUGGUCGAGACAGUGACAAACUACUACGUCACCACCGUGAUUGUGGAGGGCCAGACGUCGGCCGUCAACGACGCACCGGUCUUCAGCACGUCUGCCACGGCCACCGCGGCAGCUGCGGCCACGUCCGCAGAGGCCACGCCUUCGCCAACCACGUUUGAAACGUCUGCCGCCAGCACCGAGGCCGCCGCCGAAGCCUCCUCGUCCUCCACCGUCGCCGACUACCAGCAGAAGCAGGCGGACCAGCCAGCCAGCUCGUCCACCACCUCCUCCUCCGCCGCCGCCCCAUCCUCCACGGGUGACAGCGGCUCCGGCGGCUCCGACUUCUCCUCCCAGAUCUUGGCCGAACACAACGCCAAGAGAGCGCUCCACGGCGUCGCCAGCUUGUCCUGGGAUGAUACCCUCGCCUCCUACGCACAGAACUACGCAGACUCCUACGACUGCUCGGGCACCUUGACCCACUCCGGCGGCCAAUACGGUGAAAACUUGGCCUUGGGCUACACCACCACCGGCUCUGUCGACGCAUGGUACUCGGAAGGUAACGGCUACGACUACGGCUCGGGCUGUUCCGUCUACGACCACUUCACCCAGGUCAUCUGGGAGUCCACCACAAAGGUCGGAUGCGGCUUCAAGCAGUGCGACUCCUACUGGGGCACCUACAUCAUCUGCUCUUACGACCCAGCCGGUAACUUUGUCGGCAAGUGCGACUCCCAAGUCGUUCCUCCUGUCUAAACUCUGCAUUGAAAUUCUGGAAAAGAACCUAAAAAUACCCUUUCUCCAUUUUCUUCCCUCACCUUCUUUUCCUAUCCUUUCCUUUCCUUUACUUUUCUUUCCUUUCCUUUCUUUCUCUUCUUUGUUCUCAACGUACUGGGUCUCGGGUCUGCCGCGGUAAGCGUCUCCUCCGGUCAGCGCUACCGUCAUUUAUUUUUUUGUACGACAGCCGACUUCGAUAUAUAGUCUCUCUUUUAACAAAAGCUGAACAUCUCAUCACAACCAUCCA